AUGAAGCUGGCACUGGCGAUACUACUGUGUGUGGGCGCUGCCACACGGGUGGGAGCGCAGGAUGGCUCCUAUAUGCUGGAUUCACGAGGCGUGGAGGUGGAGCAGGGACUCCAGCCUUCCCCAGAACUCUUCCAGAACCACCAGGCCUUCUCCCAAGCCUUCAAAGAACGCUCUGAAGAGAUGGCCCUGCAAUACAGUCUUGGCCAAGUCGAAUACAAUGAUCCAAACCCGGAGUACGCUUGGGCUUACGAGGUCGACGCCAAAUCCACCGGGGACAUGAAGUCUGCCCGAGAGGAACGUCGAGGUGACGUGGUGGUGGGUCAGUACUCGGUCAUGGACCCCGACGGGUCUCUGCGUGUGGUCGACUACUCGGUGGCUCCCGGCACAGGCUUCCAGGCCACCGUCCGCAAGGAGUACACGGGCGAGGCUUUCCAGGGACAGGAGCAGAGACUGCAGGCUCAGGCCAAGCAGUACAGUGCUAUCCAACAGGGAAGCAACUACCAACAGAACCGCAACCAGUACCAGCAGAACCGUGGCCAGUAUUCACAGAACCGCAACCAGUACCAGGAAAACCGUGGCCAGUACUCACAGAACUACAAUGAGUACCAACAGACCCGCAACCAAUACCAACAGAACCGUGGCCAGUACUCACAGAACUACAAUGAAAACCAACAGCAACGUAACCAGUACCAGUACUCACAAAAUCGCAACCAGAAUCUGGAAAACAGGAGACAAUAUUCUCAGAACCGCAAUCAGUAUCAACAAAACCGCAAUCAGUACUCCCAGUACAGCAACGAUUACCAACAGAACCGCUAUCAGAACCAGCAGAACAACGAGUACCAGCUAAACCCUAUUCAAUAUACUCGGAACCUCAACGAGUACCAACAGGACCGCAAUCAGUACCAGAAGAAUAGUUAUCAAUUUUCACAGAACCGUAAUCAGUACUCCCAGAAUUUAAAUAACCGCAACCAGUACCAGCAGAACUAUGACCAAAGCCUUUCCAGCCGCAACGACGUCAGGUACAACUUCCAGCGUUAUGGAACCAACCGCUUCACUCAGAACCUGAACCGUCCUUCGCCCAGCCUCUACAGCCAGAAUCCAAAACUACCUUCUGACCCGCUAUGGAUCCGCUUCUCAGAACCAGUACAGCAACCAGUACAACAACCGCGUCUACAACCAGUACAGCGCCCAAGUGAACAGGAACCAGCAGAACCAAGGUUACUCUCCUAUCAGCGUGGUUCUCGCUUCCUCAAGGAACUAACACGCGAACCGAAUUGCCAACGGACUUCCUAG